CAGGCUCUCUAGGACCCAUGCACAAGGACUGCUCAUAUAGGCGGGGCCUCCAGACACACAAACCUGGAAAUGAAAGUAACAAAAUAAUGCAGUCGCUAGGAAACUGCUUAUGAUGAGCAACAUAUGUUAAACUAAAAAAAGGCCCUUUUCUUACAGAACAGCAGCAGCCACCUAUGCAUUUCUCUGGAGGGCUGCAAGACACAGACGGGUAGAUGUCGGUUCUCGUUAGGCGGAUGUCGGGACUUCUUUCCUGUCUUUCGAAGCCCUAAAAAUCAAUUUUCAAAUGUCUUCAUGAGCCCUGUCAAAGAUUUAAGUCGGUGGCCAUUUUCCCGUAGAUCGACAUAUUACGAUCUAAGGCAAAGAACACAGCAAAAUGGCGCUUGCAAGGCGGACAGUUGCUGCUCUUGUGGAUGAAUGCCUCUGGCAUUGCCUGAGUUUCCGCUUCGUAGCAGCUGAAGUGUGUUGGAUGAACGUUAAAGUGCUGGGGUUUGGGAGGCAGCGACUGCAUUGCAUCUAGGACAGUAGGUGUAGAAUGUGCAAAGUGUUCUGUCAGUCUCACCAUACGGGACAGGGUAAUGGAAGACUUGGGGUAUUCAUAAUUGCAGAACUUGCUGCGAGUGCAAGUAGCACAGGAUACCGAUGCUGCAGGCUGAUGUCAUAGCAAAAUCUUAAAACCCCCCAAAAAUUCAUAAACUUUUUUUUUUAAUAUAAAUUUUUACUUUGGCCCACUUAGAAACAAGAGUGAGUUUACAGCCCCAGAAGUUGCAUCCUGUGCAUGGUGCACAUCAUACUCUUUUGUUUUGGAUUAUAGCUACACAUUUACAUCUGCAGUGACACCUGGCUUAUUCUGCCCUUCUGAGAUGUCUUCUAGAAAGGGGGCGAAGAAAAAGCCGAACUAUUCAGUGAAGAACGAUGGAAACUUAGCAGAACAUGUUGCAUAUAGCUUGCUGACUGAGUUGUUGGCCAGAGGGGUGGAACAGGGGACGUAUCGAUGGUGUCUACAGAAGAAUGCAGAUCCUACAAGAUCUGUCUUUAUCAGUUGUGUACCUACAGAAGUGCCCGAUGGGGUAAUAUGUUCUAUCGUGGCCAGAACGUUGAAUCGUGGCCAGGUACGAAUUGUUGAUUCAUUGAAAUUAUCUGACAGUAUUUAUCAGUCGCUUCUUGUUGAGGCAGAAGGGAAAAUUGACAGUAUGCCCCCAACUUUUAUACAGUGUGAUGAGGUUGCGUUGGGGUAUUGGGUAAUGGUGGUUCCAGUGGAAGAUAAUGAAGAGAUGCCACCUGCGAAGGCUGCAUCAGUAGUACAACCACCACCUGCAAAGGCAUCAGCAGUACCACCACCACCUGCGAAGGCACCAAUAGCAUUACCACCACCACCUGCGAAGGCACCAAUAGCAUUACCACCACCACCUGCAAAAGCAGCAAUAGCAUUACCACCACCACCACCUGCCAAGGCAGCAUCAUCAGUGCUACAACCACCUGCGAAGGCAGCAUCUGCUGUGCCACCACCACCUGCAAAGGCAGCAUUGCCAUUACCACCACCACCUGCGAAUGCACUGAUAGCAUUACCACCACCACCUGCGAAGACAGGUUUGGCAGCAGCACCACCACCUGUGAAGGCAGGGUCGAUGGCAGCACCCCCGUCUGCAAAGGCAGGGUCGAUGGCAGAAUCAUCGCCAGUAAUGGCAGCACCACCACCUGCGAAGGCUGCGGCAGCACAAUUGCCUGCAAAGGCAGCGGCAGCACCACAGCCUGUGAAGGCAGCUCCUGCUGUAACUCCACCGCCUGUGAAGGCAGCAGCCCCAUCACCUGCGAGCGCAGCACCAGCACCACCUGUUAAUGCAUCGUCUCCACCACCACCUGCAAUAUCACCCCCUGCAAAGAUGCUGCCACCAAACCAAAAAGCAAGAGUAAAUAACCCUCAGGUAGUGGUAAAUAGAUCAGACUUUAGCGAGCCAAAGGCCAUCCAGAAUAUUGGGAACGGAAUUGUACCUGAAACUUCAAUAUUGAAAGUUCCUGAGAAGAUGACACAAGCAAAAUAUGCCAUUUGGGAAGGUUUUUCUAUGGAGAGACAAAAACGGAGAGAAGAUAUUGAAAAGGGACUGCAGUUUAUUCAGUCUACCAUACCAUUUCAUGGAAGUGACGAUGAGUACAAGCGUUUCCUGCAGGAGCUGGUUGAAAACCUGUUUACAGAGGGCAAUGAGCGGUACCUUGAGGGCAAAGUGAAACUGGCACUGGGACAAUACACAGAAGGACUUACAGUGGCUGAGUAUGCAGCAUCAGAAGAACUGGUUCUUUCCCAAGAACUGGUGUGCCGGCUGUUUGUGAACCGAUCCUGCUGCUAUUAUUCCAUGGGUCUAUUUGAGAAGUCACUAGAAGACAGCGAGAAAGCUUUGAGUCUAGAUGAGGAGAACACAAGAGCUUUGUAUCGUAAAGCCAAAGCUCUGGACAAGCUUGGAAAGCACCAAGAAGCCUACGGCUGCAUCAGCCACAGGAUAUUAGUGCUAGUUCAGGAUGAGAGUGUAACAGAACUUGCACAGGAACUUGUGCAGAAACUGGGGUUAAAGCAGCGCAGAGCUUACAAGAGGCCACAGCAAGAACUUGAAACCUUUGGUUUGAUGAGUAAUGGAAUUUCUUCUGCAGGUUGUAAGGCUUCCAACAGUAUUGGAUCUGUAGAUGACAUUUACACAGAAUUUUCCAAGGAUUCAAAACUGUUCCCCUCCACGCUAGGCAUUAGCUGUCAAAAUGAUAGCCUGAGACCUGCUGCAUGUCCUCUCCCAAUGGCUUCUAAAACCAACUCUACCAAUUACUUUACUGAUGACGUUAUUGGGGAUGAGCUUGACUCUUUCCUGGAAUUGGAGAUGGCAUCCAAACAGGUGCCACAGCUGAUACCAGUAUUUCCCACAUCUAAUCAGCUGCUCUCUACACUGGGUACUCCAGGCCUUCCAGCACCCACCACGCUACCACUGGCUCCCUUUGGCUUGCUUGACUCUCUGAAGCAGCCGGUAGCACCUCUACAGCCUUUUAGUCUUCAUUUGGAUACAUUGGACACCUUUGAGCCCACGCGGGAGACACUGGACAGUCUGGACACCUUUGUAAAUGAUACAAAGCAUCUUGAUCCUGUAUUGUUGAAAGGAAACCAGAAGCAAAAGACUGGAGGGAACAUGAUGAACCAUUUGUUUACACAGAAGAGUAUUCCUAUGCAGAACCAUAUUUCACUUUUGUCCCAUGCCUUGCCAACAAACCCACUUGCACAGACUUAUGACUUCAAGCAAGGCUGUCAACAGUGUUAUGAGAAGACAGGUCCAAAGGCUCUGGACUACACCCACAGGGAAAAAUUAGAGCACAAGUGCAAAAAAGACCUUUUGUUAGCACGAAUGAAGAGUUCUGAAAACAAAGCAUGGCUCAAGAUUCGGCAUCGACCCAUGAAAGUCAAUUUUAAUGGUCCUUACAUGCUGUGCAAAGACAUCCAGAGUCGGCAUGACUGUAAAUAUGGGGAUAAUUGCACAUUUGCAUACUAUCAGGAGGAGAUCGAUGUUUGGAAUGAGGAGAGGAAAGGGGCUUUACACCGAGAUCAGCUCUUCCAGCCCCCAGGAUUGGUGAAGCCAGGGAGUGUGCCCCGGCUUCUGCACGAGCAGAAAGGAAUCUUUACCUUCCUAUGCCAGGCAUGUUUUGAAAGCAAACCCCAGAUCAUUAGCAAGAGAAAUCCAGAGAAUCCAGAUUUUUGCACUAAUCCCAGCAACCAGCACAGCUUUCCUGACCACAACCAGUCCUCCCAAGUUAGUGAGGCAGCUGGGGAGGAGUUUCAAGAGCCAUCCUGGUUAGUUUCUAUGAAAUCCAUGAUGGCGGACAUGUCCUCUCAGCUCUCUGCAAAUAGUCAAAAGACACAGCAGCUGCAGCAGGCUGUAGCAGACCUGGCUGCAAAGGCAGAUGGCAGACAGACCCCUCUCCCUAGUUCAGGGCCACAUAAGUGUGGGCUGCCUGACUUACUCUCGGAAUCUGAUGAAGAGGGUCUGGAGGAGGGGGAAGAGCUGAAACCUGAGGAUCCAUCUCCGGCACAGAGGAUUGAACCCCUCAUACUUGCUAACAGAAUCCAGGGUUCUUACUCCAAUGGCUCCAAGCCCGAAGUAAACAGCCCUGGUCUACUAGACGCCUUGCCACCAAGCCAGCUGACAAGCCUGCUGCAUGACGGGAUGAGCCUCCACCUGGAGGACCCCAGACAGUCUCAACCUAAGUCCCUAGAUCUGAAGAUGAAGGUCUGUGGGCAGUGUUUGCGGAAUGGAAGAGAGAUUGAGGCAGAUCGAGAUGGGAAGUACUGUACUGCCAAAGCCAGGCAUAGCUGGACAAAAGAUAAGCGAGUAUUGCUUGUGAUGUCAAAGGCUAAAAAAAAAUGGGUUCCCAUCCGACCCCUACCGUCCAUUCGUUCUUUUCCCCAGCAGUAUGAGAUCUGCGUCCAUGUGCAAAAUGGCAAGAAGUGCCAGUAUAUUGGAAACUGCACCUUUGCUCACAACACAGAGGAGAAAGACAUCUGGACCUUUAUGAAGGAGAACAAGGUCUUGGAUCUGCAGCUGAUCUUUGAUUUGUGUAAUAAGAACAAAAGCCCAGCAGAGAAACCUGGGAAGGCAGCAGCACCAAUUGGAGCUCAGAAGGAAACUGAGAAACAGAUUGUGAUGCCAACAGAUUAUGGCGAUCUAAUGGAUGGAUUCCACUGUUAUCUCUGUGGCAAGAACAGCAACAGUGAGAGGCAAUGGCAGAAACAUAUUCAAUCGGAGAAGCAUAAAGACCGUGUGUUCACCCUGGAAAGUGAGGAAAGUCCCUGGAAGUAUCGCUUUCCAGCAGGGGAGUUCAAGCUCUGCGAGAGGUUUGAGGAGACACAGAGUUGCCCCAAUGACAACAAUUGCCCCUUUGCUCAUGGAGCUGAAGAAUUGGCAGAAUGGCAUGAGCGAAGAAAGGUUUUACAGUUUAAGGUUUCCAAAGCCCGUAAAGACAUGCUACUGGAGCCUAGCGACUCUGACUUUGGCAAAUACUCCUUCCUUAUGCAAGAUUUGGCAGAAGUAUCUGAAGAGAGAGGGACAGAAGACACAUUGUGAAACAAACUCUUCUCCUCGUAACCAAUAUUUACAAUGUUGGCUCUAAUUGAUAGAGCUGGGUCUUACAUUCAAACAGUAUGUUUUUGAUUUAUUGAUGACAUCUUCAUAACAGAUGGUAAUUUCCUCUGUCGUUAGUGAGUACUGGUCUGCCUUUGGACAUUCGGUCAGUGGGUGAGUCUUCGGCAUUUGUGAAAAGUUUUGUGACAUGGUGUGCGAUAUUUUGUCCUUUUUCCAGGUGUGGUGCCUCUUGAUACUAGUUUCCAUUACUUAUUAUAUUGUUACAUAUGGAGCUAACCGUCUGUCCAAAAGACCUAGCAACAUCUUCAGUACGUAGACCAGAAGAGGAUCUGCAGUGAAGGGUUGGUAACAUUUCAUCCUAAAAAUUAAAAACUUCAUAAGCCUACAGAUCCCAUGUACUUUUAUUUACUCUCUCUGAAAAUAUUAGGUGUUUACUCAUAUGAUUCAUUUAAAGGAGAGCGCUUAAUUUCACAGCUGCAACAAAAGUAAUAGUUACACCUACUAUGCCCUAGAAGGCUCCAGAAGGCACCAUGGGUCUUCCCCAUGACCUGACAGAUAAUUAGUUUAUAGCAAUGAUUACUGAUAAGUGUUUGCGAGUGCUAGGGCUUGGAUGAUUUAAUGGUAUUGCCAGUUUAUUAAACUGCACACUUCACCCAAAACCCAAUGGUAAAAUGUGGUUGGAUAUUCUUUUUGAUGCUUAUUUCCACAUACAAGUGUUAUUUACAGGCAGGGAUGUUUGCUGUGAAGAGGGUAAUCUCUUUCAUUGCAUCAUUCUGCCCCACUUCAAUCAUUCAAAGGUUGGUAGGGCUAGAUUGUAUAGUUGGCUUUUCACCAUUGGACGAUCUGCUCUGAUCAUUAAUAUAUGGGCGGCUCGUAAUUCCAGGACAGUGGGUAAGGGCGAGUCAGAUUUACAAGACUGUUUUUUGGGUAAGGGGAGUCCACUAUUCUGCUUGUGUAUUAGGUCAUUAAAAUAAUGUAAGUAGACAUCCUUUUAGCAUACAGAAUAGUAAGUGAGAGUGCAAACAUGAUUACUGGGGGAAUAUUGAACAGUUCCCUGUUUUAGGGUUCAUUUUUAAGGUGGCUUGAUAAUUAUGGCUGCCAGCAUCUAUAAGGGCAGAGUUUAGGGUUCCAGCAUUGCAGCAUCAAUGUUUACACAUUCUAACAAUUAAUUUAAUUAUGUUAAAAAAAAUUUGAUAAUGAAUGCUUUUUCUUUAUUGUGUACUAAUGUUACUUCAACAUUUUGUGCUGUAAUUAUUUUUUGGGGGGCAACGUUAUUUGUCAAAUAAAAACAGGUAUUAAAUCGUCUGGAAAUUACUAUUACUAUUUGUGUAAUAAGUAUUUCCGGAUUAUAAGAUUUAGUAAUAUUAAUGAAAGAAUUUUCUUUAAACUUUUGGGGGGAAAAACAGCAAACAAAACAACACAGAAACAGAUUGUAAGUGUAAAAGAAUGUGUUCCUUGUUGACAAUUGAGUAUUAAUUACUAUUCGUCAGUACUGUCUAUGAAAUAUACAGAUCUGAAGUUCAUGACCUUUGCACACCUACUGUUAUAACCCUGCCAUCAGAGUAUAUACAGGAACUCAGAGGUCAUCUGUGAUGUGCUUUUGAGUGUAACUUAUUUUAAUGGAAUGUACAACAAAAAAAAUGACCUCAUUGAUGCUCAAGAACAAUUUCAUACAUAUUCCACAUUAAAUACAGUUACUGUGUAUGAUGCUUAAAGGACCACUAAAGCUACAAUAUAAGUUGUUUUCCAUUUUACUGAUAACAUUCGCACAUAAUCAUUGAAGGUUGAAAAGCUCAUCAGAAGUUAUGCGAGAGAGUGAGGAAAUUUUUCCUUUAAACACCUAGGGCCGGAUGUAAAGAAGUUCAAGGGGGUCAUUAUGACCUGUUCGUAGCUGUGCUAAAUUUAGCACAGCUACGAUCACUGACACAGACAGGCGGGGGGGCGCCCGGCACAACGCUAGUCCGCCCCGUAUAUCAGGCCCGGCCCGACCGCACAAGUACAAAAGUAUGCUUUUGUACUUGUAGAGUAACUCCCAGCCAUCGCAGCUCCUGCGGCUGGCCAGGAGUUACUUGUCGCUGCCAGGGUCACGGCAGCCGCUGUGCCCCCCUCCGUGCCGCGAAAACGCCAGCCAAACGCCGCCGUGCCGCCCCCUCCAGCCCAGCUACCGCCUCUGUCUGUCAUUCAGGCGGAAGCGAUCGCUAGGCGCCGACGGCCGUCUGGCAUGCUCAGGUGCGCUCCGGCGCAUGUGCAGUUCUGACCCGAUCGCACCGCUGCAAAAAACUGCAGCGUGCGUUCAGGUCGGAAUGGUGCCCCCCCCCCCAAGUCGGCCGGAGGUGUGGGGGCAAUGUUUUUUUAAGCAUCGAUCGUGUACAAGGCAAAACCAUGCCUUAUACAUGAUUGCCGCUUUAAAAAAAUUGUCCGAGUUCAGGCAGGAACCCUCACAUCCGGUUAACUCGGACUUCAUUACAUCCUGCCCCAGAUUUUCUGUCACUCACAUAGGUGUUUUCUACAGCACACAUCUAUACUGUAUUGUAUCCAAUUAAGAAAGAGAAGAUAGGUGUCAUUCUAGAUGAAUUGCUGAAAACUUGCUGAAAAGCACAGAAAAAAAUCCAAAAAGAUAAAUCAGUGUUUAGUAAGUGGCAGGCUGACAUGCAAGCCUUCACAUUUACAUUGCAGGGAUCUUUUCUGAGCCUGAGAUGGCUGAUUAGGGAGAAUAGCUUGCACUGAGCUCUACAGAAGGUGUUCUUAUAAGUGAUAAGUAUCAUAAUUUGUGUCCUGAUAUCAAAAUGAAUACUGUAUAAUCAUUUAUGAAUGUUUCAAGAUGCCUUUUUGUAUUUGAUCAGCUUGUACUUAACAAACAAGCAGUUCACAUAUUGCCAAUAUUUGAGUAUUGGAUGAGAGUCUACACUGGGUUGACUAUCCUGCAGUUUCAUCUUAUGCAAUGUGUUAAAGUGGAUUUACUAUGCAAAAUGAACUUUGGCUCAUAAAAAAAUUAAAUAAAAGUAUCUUCUACUUGUA